CGGGAUGGUUUUAUCGAAAAGCCAAAUCACCCGCGGCGGCACAACCACAUUACCACAUUCCGUAUCGGCUCGAACAAACGAAAGGUUUCGGCGCACCGCAACUGUCUGGCAACCCAAGAACUCCACACGAAGACGUUCUCAAGAAGGAGGAAGAGCUAAAAAAGUACUGA